UCCAUGGCCACUUGCUGAAAGAAAGGAGUCUGAAGGUCCUGCAGAGAUCCAGUGAGCACUUUGGGCCCAUGGUCUCACGGAGCAGCUCCAGGAUGUUCCAGCUGCUCCAGGGUCACAACCAGCCAGCUGGACAACGAAACCACAGAACCCGCCUGGUCACCAAAGACGGGCACUGCAACAUUGAGUUCGGGAACAUCGAGUACAGUAACCAGUUUGCGUACCUGGUAGACUUCUGGACCACCUUUGUGGAGAUUCGCUGGCGGUUUGUUCUCCUUUUGUUUGUGGCUGUGUUCACAGGCAGCUGGUUCAUUUUCAGCCUGUUGUGGUACUGGAUUGCAAAGAGCAACGGGGAUCUCGCUGGACAGAACCACACUGAAGGACACAUCCAGUGUAUAGACAACGUUAAUGGGCUCACAACGGCAUUCCUGUACUCAUUAGAGACCCAGACCACCAUUGGGUAUGGAGGCAGGGCACUGACUGGCCACUGUGCUGGCACGGUGGCUCUAAUUGUCAUCCAGUCUCUAGUUGGGGUUUUUAUCAACUGCUUCAUGUGUGGUAUCAUCCUAGCUAAAAUCUCCUUACCAAAGAAAAGGGCAAAGACUGUGACCUUCAGCCACACAGCUGUCAUCUGCUUGAAGAAAGGAAGUCUGUGUCUCCUGAUCAGAGUGGCCAACCUUCGAAAGACCUUACUAAUCGGAAGCCAGAUCUAUGGGAAGUUGCUGAGGACAACGACCACACCGGAUGGCGAGACCAUCAUCCUGGACCAGGUGGAUAUUGACUUCAUGGUUGAUGCUGGCAAGGAUAACUUGUUUUUUGUUUGCCCCUUGACCCUGUACCAUGUGAUUAACAGAUCGAGUCCUUUCUUUGAUUUGUCGGCUGACACCCUUCCUCAGCAGGACUUUGAAUUGGUGGUCUUUUUGGAUGGGACAGCCGAGUCCACCAGCUCCUCCUGUCAGGUCCGAACUUCCUACAUCCCACAGGAGAUCCAGUGGGGAUACAGCUUUCUGCCGAUUAUCUCCCGCACCAAGACAGGAAAGUACCAUGUGGAUUUUUCUAACUUUUCCAAGAGCGUCCGGGUCACCACUCCACACUGCGUCCACUGCUUUGAGGCCGACGUAGACCAGAGAAACCACAACAACCACAGCCAAGAAAAUCACAAUAACCAGCUAAAGAGGGGGAUUGAUAACCCGGGCUUUCAGGUGAUUGACAUACAUGACUCUGUGGAUGUCACUACAAUGUGAGCUGGUAGAAAAGGAGCCUACGCUUUUAUUGAAACUGUGAAUCAGAAUGUGGGAAGUAAAGUGGUAAAAGCUGGCGCCUAUCACUUCCUUUGAACCAGUUUCACUCUAAGUCAGACUGCACCGGCGAAUAAAUAUUUGGUCACGGUGAACCAUUCAGCAUCUGAAUUGUUGUCAGCUCUUUUUCCUUAAACAGAACGAA